CCAUCCGUUGGCACUUGGCACUGGCAGAGCUAAAUCUAUUCAUUGCAUGCUUCUCUCUUCUCAUAUCCACAGUCCACUGAACUGAAGUGAGGGUUUAUCUAGGGUUUCCUCUCUCAACUCCUCGCAUGGCGAACCCGACACGAGGCCGCCCCUCGCCACCGUCACACUCCGGUUCUGGCUCAUCCUCACGCUCUCGCUCCCGGUCCUACUCCGGUUCCUCCCGGUCGAGCUCCCCUUCUCACUCCUCCCGGUCCAGAUCCGCUUCUCGUUCCCGAUCAUUUUCUUCGUCUUCAUCUCCUUCGCGUAGCGGAAGCUCUCGUAGCCGCAGUCCUCCCACCCAGCGCAAGAAGAGUCCUGCUGUAGGAGCCAGGCAAGGUCGGUCACCGCUGCCUCAAUCUAAAAUAGCUUCUUCACCUCCCAGGAAAGCUUCUGAAAAUGACUCUCUUGUUCUCUACGUGGACUCGCUUAGCAGGAAUGUGAAUGAAGGCCAUUUGAGGGAAAUAUUCAGUAAUUUUGGUGAAGUUGUAAAUGUGGAGCUGGUAAUGGACCGUGCAGUUAAUCUUCCAAGAGGAAGUGGAUAUGUUCAGUUCAAGACAAGAGCUGAUGCUGAAAAGGCACAAUUAUACAUGGAUGGUGCCCAAAUUGAUGGGAAUGCUGUUCAUGCAAAAUUUACCUUAUCUCUGCCCAAAAAGGUUUCACCACCUCCAAAGCCUGUUGCUGCUGCUUCAAAAAGAGAUGCUUCUAGGACUGACAAUGCUAGUGCUGACGUAGAGAAGGAUGGACUGAAGCGACCAAGAGAAUCUUCUCCCCAGCGGAAGCCACCAUCCUCUCCUCGGAGGAGAUCUCCUGGACUUAGAAGAGGGGGAUCUCCCAGAAGACUGCUAGACUCUCCUCCACGUAGACCUGCAGAGUCUCCUUAUCGCCGAGGUGACACACCUCCCAAGCGGAGACCUGCUUCUCCUCCCAGACGUCGUUCUCCAUCCUCCCCACCUAGGCGGCAUAGAUCCCCUGCAAGGGCCUCUCCUCGAAGAAUGCGUGGUAGUCCAAUCCGCAGACGUUCUCCACUUCCUCCAAGGCGACGUUCUCCUCCUAGACGAGUUCGUAGUCCUCCAAGAAGGUCUCCACUUCGCAGACGCAGUCGCUUUCCUAUUCGUAGGCCUAUUCGCUCUCGCUCAAGAUCUCUCUCACCACGGAGAGGCCGUGCACCAGCUGCAAGACGUGGGCGGUCUUCAUCCUCCUCUGGAUCACCUAGUCCGCGCAAGGUACCCUGACGGAUAUCAAGGAGUCAUAUUCCUAGGAGGCCCUUGAGGGGAAGAAGCAGCAGCAGUUCACCGCCUCCCAAACCGUAGUUAGGUAAUUUUCUCAGCUCUUUUUGCCACCCUCAUUCUCCCUGAUACCAUCUGUCAUAACGGGGUAACUGAAUAGCCAUUAACAAUGUGAAAGUUAAGUCCUAUAGACUUGCUAAAACAAUGAUGUAUUUGCUGUUAAUAUUUUUUUCAAAAUGCUGGCCUGGUUGGGAGAGGCUAUGCAUUGUCUGCCUUUCGACAAAUAAAACUCUUGUACUGUAGACCCUUUGGUUUUGUUUGGUAUCAUUGUAAAUCAUUGUUUGACAUUUAAAUAAAAUUAUACAGCUAUCUAUAA